GAUGCUCUCCGGGCUAGCAGCGAUGGAGCUGAAGGUGUGGGUGGAUGGCAUACAGCGCGUGGUCUGUGGGGUCUCGGAGCAAACCACCUGUCAGGAAGUGGUCAUAGCACUAGCCCAAGCAAUAGGCCAGACGGGCCGCUUUGUGCUCGUGCAGCGUCUCAGGGAAAAGGAACGGCAGCUGCUGCCCCAGGAGUGUCCAGUGGGUGCCCAGGCUACCUGUGGACAGUUUGCCAGUGAUGUCCAGUUUGUCCUGAGGCGGACAGGGCCCAGCCUCGCUGGGAGGCCUUCCUCAGACAGCUGCCCACCUCCUGAGCGCUGCCCAGUCCGAGCCAGCCUCCCCCCAAAGCCACGGCCAGCCCUGGGCCACGAGCAGCGCCAAGCACUGACCUUCAGCCUGGGGUGCCCUGCGCUGGUCACCAGCCCUGCGCUGCCUGAACCUGUGGCCUCUGUAGCACCAAUCCCAGGCUCCUGUGCAGACCUGCAGGGCCUGGAGCGAAGAGUGCGGAGGAACGCAGUGGAGCUGGGUCAAGAGGCCUUCUGGGAGCAGGAGCUGCGGCGGGAGCAGGCACGGGAGCGUGAGGGGCAGGCGCGCCUGCAAGCCCUGAGCGCGGCCACUGCCGAGCAUGCUGCCCGGCUGCAGGCCCUGGAUGCCCAGGCCCGUGCCCUGGAGGCUGAACUACAUCUGGCCUCUGAGGCCCCUGGGCCCCCCUCACCCACAGCAUCUGCAACUGAACGCCUGCGCCAGGACCUGGCUGCCCAGGAACGGCAGAGCGCAGAGGUACAAGGCAGCCUGGCCCUGGUGAGCAGGGCCCUGGAGGCCGCCGAGCAUGCCCUGCAGGCCCAAGCCCAGGAACUUGAGGAACUGAACCGGGAGCUCCGUCAGUGUAACCUGCAGCAGUUCAUCCAGCAGACAGGGGCUGCACUGCCACCACCCCCGCCGCCAGACAGGGGCCCCCUCAGCACACAGGAUCUUCUGCCUCCAGCCAGAGAAGAGCCCCUCACAAGAACCCUUCAGAAUCCUGCUGUAGUGUCUAGCCUGAGCCCAGAGAUUGCCCCAAUGAGGCAGAACUCCUGGAGGUAGCAGCUCUUGCCCCAUAAUGGACGUCCACUGCCAGCCCAGCCCUGGGCUCCAAUGACACGAGCAAGGGCAGCCAAGGCCAGCCCGACCUGGACAACAGGAGAUUGGCGGUUGCAGAGGAUUCAUUCCCCCAUACAGUGGGAAGCCCUGAUGCCCUGGGCCCGAGACAGAACACCUCAGAGCCCUGGGGUUUCCGCUGUGGGGGG